GGAGCUCCAGGGCAGGGGGCGGGAAUCGCGGAGUUCAUCGGUGGGAAAAGAUCCACGAGUCCAGCCGGUGACCGAGCGCCACAGUGCCUGCUGGACCAUGGCAGUUAUGCCAUUGGCCUUUUAAGAGAAGCAGCUGCCUCACUGCUCCAGUGCCAGGUUCAUCACAGUGCUGUCCAUAUCCUCAGCCAUGCUGACCACUCAGAUCGUCUUGCACUGGAGCACUGCUGUUUGCACUCAUGGGAUGCCAGGUCAUUCCCUGUCUGAUCCCUUCUUGCAUCUUCCAUUUCUCCGUGUGACAGUGAUGGUUCCAGACAACAUGGGACUGCCAGCUUUUUGGAUUGGAGAAGUGCAUGCUCCACGUGGCUCUGAAUACCUACUGUUCCUGCAAAACGUGGAGCAGUCUUGGUGCCUACAGAAAUCAGACCAGAUGUGCUCUCCUGGGAGCAGGGGGAGCCAGAUGCUGCAGACAGGUAACAUGACCAGCAACAGGUACUGCAGGAUACUGCUGCAGCUUCCUAGUCCUAGUACUACCCUCACAGAUACCAAGUGGCAUCCAUCAGGAUCUGAAUGUUCCUGUGCUGGGCAGCUGAGAAGAGAUGGCAGUGGAAGCCAGAGGUGGCCUCUCUCCAGUUUCAUAAGUACUGAUGACCACAUUUUCUUCCUGUGUCUGUUGAAGGCAAUGACCACUAUAUCUGCUCCAAAACAGCUCCCCAUGGACAGAUACAGGGAGCUCCUAAUGACAAAGAGGAAUUUGAUGUUCAUACACAAUAUGCUGGCAUGUAAACCCACCAAGGAUGACCAGAAGAAAUGGUACCUGACUGUCUUCAUAAAUUUCCUCAAGUGCCUGAAACAGCUAAGGGAAAAAAACAAACCAACUAAAGAAAGUUACAAAACUCCAGCAGCAAAAGUCUUCUUUGGAUGCAACUACUUGUUCUCUUAUCAAAGAGUGAACUGCAGGUGCCAGCUGUCAGCUGGAAAGACUUUGCUGUGGUGUGGUGUGGGGAUGGGAGCAAGUUGCAUUCCAGGUCUGGUGUGUGCCCUGGAGGUAUCAGUCAGUUCAGGGAGUAUCCAGGUUGCCCGAGGCCAGACAGCAGUGUUGCCCUGCACCUUCACCACUAACGCUGCUCUCACUAACCUUAAUGUCAUCUGGAUGGUCAUUCCUCUUUCCAACGCCAACCAGCCCCAGCAGGUUAUUCUCUACCAAGGGGGUCAGAUCUUUGGUGGUGCACCCCAGUUCUAUGGGCGAGUGGGGUUUGCUGUGACAAUGCCAACCACCAGUGCCUCCAUCUUCAUCAACAACACUCAGCUGUCGGAUACUGGCACCUACCAGUGUUUGGUCAACAAUCUUCCCGACCGAGGCGUCAGGAAUAUUGGAGUCAUUGGACUUACUGUCUUGGUUCCUCCUUCUGCCCCGCUUUGCAGAAUCCAGGGGUCCCUGGACGUGGGCAGCGAUAUCACACUGACCUGCAGCUCAGAAGAAGGCAUUCCCCGGCCAACAUACCUCUGGGAGAAACUGGACAAUGUUCCCAAGUUGCCCCCAACUGCCACACAAGACCAAGUCCAGGGCACUGUCACUCUCCGAAAUAUCAGCACUGUGUCCUCAGGUCUUUACCAAUGUGUGGCUUCAAAUGCCAUUGGAACCAGCACUUGCCUUCUGGACCUGCAAGUCAUUGCACCUCAUCCACGGAGUAUCGGCCUGAUUGCAGGAGCGGUGGCCACAGGUGCCGUUGUGCUCGUUGUUUGCAUUGUUUUGGUGGCUGUAGCACUGUUCUACUGGAAAAAUAAACACAAAGAAGAAGAAGAGGAGGAAAUUCCCAAUGAGAUAAGAGAGGAUGAACUGCCACCCAAAUGCUCCUCUGCCACAAAGACGUUCCACGCUGAUGCGUCCUCAUCAGAGAACGACACCCUCACCUCCUCCAACACCUACAACAGCCGCUACUGGAACGAUCCUAAAGCCAACCACGCCACAGACUCCUUCACCCGCUUCAGCAACAGCAACGAUGCUCACCAGCCCCCCUUCUCCCGCUCAGGGAGCACGAGUGCCCGCCCCGUCUAUGCCAACGGCGGCCACCCAUCCCCGGCUCCCCCUAAGACACUGGUGGUGACGGCCAGCACGGCGCCGUCGCCUCAGGAGGUGAUCCGGAGCAACGGCUCGGUCGGCAGGAAGCCACGGCUGCCGCACACCCGCUCCUAUGCAGUCAGCCAGGCCACGCUGGAGCGCAUCGGGGCUGUGCCCGUCAUGGUGCCCGCCCAGAGCCGGGCUGGCUCCCUGGUGUAGGACCGUGUGGGCGGCUGAGAGCUGAGCAAGGGGCCUCUCAUCCCUGGUGGGGCAAAGAGACCCUACUCCUUCCUGAAAGUCAGUGAGGCAGUGGGGGGGUCACACACUUCCCUCUCCACCUGCCCUCCCCUCUCGAGGCUGCUGCCAGCUGGUGGGACAGCCCUGGCCCAGCCGCUCUCCCCCCAGCUGCUGGAGCUCCUCGUGCCAAUGGACGCCACAGAUGUGCCAAGGCCAGAGGAGCAGGGAGGUCGGGAUGUGCUCCUCGGCUGCUGGGCCCCAGCUGGGACAUGCACUCGGGCCUGACCCUGGGGGGAACUUUUGCUUUUAUUUCCUGUUGGUUUUGUUGGGGACUGAUUCCAUCCAUUUGGGUCUUUCAGGGAGGUUGGGGAGAUAUAUAUAUAUAUAUUAUUUUUUUCCAUUGUUGUUGCUGUUUUGUUUCCAAGAGGAAGAUGACCUGUGUUGGGGCAGGGAAGGCUGCGCAGUCCCAGCUUCCCAUGGCCCUGGCUCCACUGUUGGAUUAGGGAGCACUGUGCACUGGGGCUGGGUGUGAGGAGGCAUGGGACAGGCUGGAGGGGAGAUGAAGGCACAGCCUCCAGCCCAGGCAAGUGGAUGGUCGGGUGAGGGUGUGGGCCAGGAAGCAUUUGUCUUUAUUUUUUGCGGUUCUUCCCCCCACCUCAGCACACACAGACACACACAGGCACACACACAGACACAAGCAGAUCCUCAGACUGGGUGUUUCUCCUGCACUAGGUUGGAGUGCCACCAGAGCCCUGUUUAUAGCUGUGGAGGAUGCAGCCGUCUGAGCAUCUUUCCCUGAGACACUCGGUGCAGGGCAAGGCUGCACCACUGCUGCUGCUGCUGAAGCUGCUGCUGCUGCUCUAGGGCUUGGAUCUCUUUUUUUCCUUUUUUUGGGGUGUUGCUGGGGUUAUUCAGGAGGCAGAGAGGAGCAGGGUGGUGCAAUGGAGCACCAGGCAAGCUCAGGAGGCAUCUGUUGCCCCUGGGCUGCUCUGAUUUGGGGCAAGUGACUUCAAACCCCACAACUUUGAUGUUUGCAUGGUGGAUUUUAUUCAUCAGGCUAUGCAGGGCUGGGCAGCAUGGCAGGGCUUGGAGCCUUCACAGAGAGGCAUCAGAGUUUUCAUUCCUGCUCUCCCACGUGCACAGACAUGUUAGCAGGAUUUGUUUCCUGCUUUAGAAUGCAGAGGCUUAAUGAAAGCCCACACACUAUCUCUCUGCCUCUCCCACUUCCUCAAUGUCCUGGGACUGGGUACUGGUGGCAUCUGCCAGUGGCCCUGCCAUCUCCUUGCAGCCUGGCAGGUGGUUUUGGCUGGCACCUCUAUUUUUUCUACUGCAACUAAAUAGCCUUAAUCAAAGCCAAGAGUUGAAACCUCUGAAGGAAUCUGAUGCCAUUUGGAGGGCUGGACUGAGGGCUGGGAUUUCCUCUCCUAGAGAGCGCUGGUUCAAAGAGGCCGCACCUGGAUAGGUGUUUUGGCCCUCCUGCAUAACACCAAGCCUUGCACAGGCAAAGGCAGCAAUCACCUCAAAAAGCACCAGAGCCCUCCCAGGUCUGCUCUUGGAAAAGCAAUGUGGGGAGUCACAGGUGACUUCCAUAGUUCUCACAUUGGAAAAGGGUCUGUUUAAGCCAACAGACUCUUCCUCAUCCCCACUUUCCUUGUCCUGGCACGGCUUUACUUUCCCUAGCAGUGCACAAACCUUGGGCAGGGCCUUCUACCUGAGCAGUACAAAUGCAAGCACAGACUCUGAGGAGGAGGAGGGAGAGGUGAGGGCUGGGUUCCCACGUGGACACAGUGGCUUUUUGGGAGACUGGGAGCUCCCAAGCAGCACUAGGUUUGAAGCUUGGCUGAGAUUUUGUGCCUUCUUUUCUUAAAAUAGAAUAAAAAAAAAAAAAAAAGGAAAAAUGAAAGAAAAAGGAGAUAAAAAAUCCAAAAUCCCCUCUUUCCCCCUCUACAGCACUGCAUCCAGAAUGUGUGCAAAACCCCCAGGUGGUUACUCUGUGUGUGCACACAUUUCACUGGUGCAGUCCAGUUUCCUGCCUGUCUGCUCUCUUUGCUGCUGGGUGGUAGGAUUGAUGGGGGAAGAAGAGUGGCUUUAGAAACCCUAAUGGGGGAAGGAAAAAACCCAAAACAAUCAAAGAAAAGCCCAGACACAUUCUCUCUGCUUUUGUAACAACCCCUGUGUGACAUUUACAGGAACACUGCCCUCAGCAGGCACCCUCCUCUACUGGGAAAGCUCUUCUGGUUCCUACCCUCCAUAAGACUGUUUGCUCCUCUUUCUUUGUUCUUUCUAAUUGUAUAAAAUUCAAUAAAAUUUUAUUCAUAUAAAAAAAAGA